AUGAUUUAUUAUCUAGUAUGCCAAGCGGCACAAGCAGGGUGCAAUCUGUCUCCAUGUGAUGUCCUUGAAAUAUUCACCACCGGUCGUAAACCUGGUCAGCCAGCAAACACUGGCUGUUCAAGCGAGCUCCACUGGCGUAAGCUUGACCGAAGACUCCGAGCAAUAGAACAACCAGUAUGGACUAUAAGUUUUGGGCAGUCGCGAUGGCGCCAAUGUUCCAAGGGCUCGUGUAGCUGUGACGUAGUUCAUCGUACGCUAAAAUGCUGGCGAGCUGGAUUCACGAGCCUUUCGCCUGAUCUGAUUGUACCGGCUGAUUUAUACACAAUAGAUCUUGGUACAAACAAACUGCGAACUUUACAUAAGACCACGUUCAAGGGAAUGCGGUCUUUAACAGAGUUAGACAUGUUUGACAAUCAUGUCGAAUUCUUACCUUCUGGGAUUUUCGAUUCCCUUGUUAAUUUGCGAAUAUUGCGUUUGCAGAGAAAUUAUCUAGAAGAAAUCGACAGUGAAGCGUUCAGAUAUACGAAAAAGUUAUUCCACGUCGAUUUGUCAAACAACUUUUUGUAUACAUUGCCCGAACGGUUAUUUGUUAACAAUUCGUACCUGGAAACUAUCGAUAUAUCAAACAAUCAGAUUGUGUACAUACCCUCGGAUACUUUUAUCGGACUUAAAUCGCUUACAAUAUUAGAUUUAUCAAAAAAUAAAAUUCAACAAAUAGAAAACGGUACAUUUAAUUUGAACAAUUUACAAAUUCUAAAACUAUCUGAUAAUAAAAUAAGUAAUAUAACAGAAAACGCAUUUGAAAGUCUUUUUUCUUUGGAAACUCUAUUAUUAGACAAAAAUAAUUUACAAAAUAUUCCAAAUAAUCUAUUUCAUCGUUUAUAUUGUUUGACUUUCUUGGACUUAUCCAACAAUUACUUGAGUAUGUUGACUGGCCUGGAAUUCGUUACAUUAACACAACUUCUUCACUUGGAUUUAAAAGGAAACUCCAUAUCAGAGAUCCCGGAUGAUAUUUUCGCGAAUUGUACUAAUUUAGAGAAACUGGAUUUAUCAAAAAACAAAUUACGCUUCUUGAAUAUUUCAACUUUCCACGGCUUAGAAAAUCUUACGUCGCUUAUACUCUCAGACAAUCAUAUUUACGAGGUCAAUUCUAAAACAUUUUCAACUCUCAAGAAUCUUACAACUUUGUAUUUGGACAAUAACAUGUUUCCGUCGCUGCCUUCUCGAACCCUUGACUACAUGCCUAAGUUAGCGAACGUGAAAAUGUCUAAUAAUCCCUGGCAUUGCGAUUGUCACGCCCUUUACGUAUCUGCAUGGGUUCGCCUUAACGAAAUGAAAAUAUGGGAUUAUUCGCCUACAUGUGUAUCGCCGUGGUAUUUAGAAGGACAUUUUCUUAAGAAGCUGAAAUUUCCUGAGUUGUGUUCGGGGCAGUGGGCCAGUAUGGUGAACCUUUCACCGCGCCUGCCUAUGCAACAACUUCUGUCUCUCAACGUGAGUUUCAACAGAAAACCUCAAGGCAGCAUAGAACACGACGAUGGUACGGAAGACUGGAAUUAA